GGCCAGGACCAAGCUUUUGAGAGAGGCACUUUGGCAUGUUAAUAUGAUGUAAACUACCCUUGUACUUGGCUCAAACUCCGAAGGCUCAUGUCUGGGAACUGCACUGUGAUAUUUGCCUCGCUGCUCGCGUCCCUGGGCGCCUUCUUGUUUGGCUUGGACAUCGGAUACAUCGCUCCGAUCCUGGAAUGCUGGUCCUUCAAGCGUGAUGUGGCGCAGCUGCCGGAUUGGGAGGACCCGAGCUCCAAGAUUCCCAGCGGCACCGCGGGCUUCGUCGUGGGGGUUUUCUCCAUCGGCUGCAUUUCUGUGUCCUUCCCCUUGGUGAGCAGCUACUUCCUCGACACCUGGGGCCGCAAGGACUCCAUCCAGCUGGGCAGCUUGGUCUUCUUGCUGGGCUGCUGGGUCCAGGCCCGCGCCAACUCGCUCUUCGCCAUCUGCCUGGGCCGGCUCAUCUCGGGUUGCGCGGUGGGUUUGCUGAGCACCGUGGUGUCGUUGUACCAGAGCGAGCUGGCGCCCAGCCACCUCCGCGGCAACCUCACCUCUCUGUACCAGUUCAUGAUCACCCUGGGCAUCCUGGUGGCGGCGGCCGCCGACAUCCCACUCGUUGGGCGCGAGGACGGCUGGAGGUACGCCAUCUUCUUGCAGGUGGCGCCGGCGCUUGUGCUUCUGCUGGGCAUGUUUCUGCUGCCGCGGUCGCCCCGGUGGCUGGUGCAGCGCGGCCGCACGGAGGAGGCCCUCGCGGUGCUGCAGCGGCUGAGGGAUGAAGCCAAGGCGCAGGAGGAGUUCAAGGAGAUCCUUGCCAGCUGGCAGUCCAGCUCCGGCGAAGGCAGCUGGCAGGACAUGAGCCAGAGGACCAGGCAGCUGCUGGCGGUGGGGGUGGCCCUGCAAUUGCUGCAGCAGCUGGUGGGCAUGAAUGCUUUCAUGUAUUUCGGCCCCAGGAUCUUCCGGAUCUUGCAGCUGGACGAGAACCGGCUGCAGGCCUUGAACAACGGGGUGAACUGCAUCAGCACCUUGCCCGCCCUCUUCCUGGCCGACCGCUGCGGCAGGAGGAGUCUUUUGAUUUGGGGCGCUUCUGGCAUGAUCCUCGCCUGUUGCACCAUGGGUGUUCUGGGGAUCACUGGACCUCCGGGCAAAGAGAUGGGGGUCAAGGCGCAGGCCACAGUAGGGGCGGUCUUCUUUUUCGUGAUCAACUUCGCGUAUGGCUGGGGCCCAAUUGUCUGGGUCUACUGCGCGGAAAUCUUCCCGCUGCAGCACCGCAGCAAGUGUGUGGGGCUGACCACCAUGUCCAACUGGCUCGGGAACUUCCUCAUCGCUCAGGUGUCGCCUGUCCUUCUGGAAAGCUUGGGCUUCGGCUCCUUCUUCGUUUUCGGCUUCUUCUCCCUGGCAGCGCUGCUGUUGGCGUGCUGGCUGCCAGAGACCAAGGGCAUCGCCCUGGAAGACAUUCAGUCUUUGUUUGACCAGAAGUUCGGAGAGCCACAAGCGCACAAGCCAGCCCCAGCCGCGCACGUCCUGGGCAACAAGACAUCUGGGUUGAUUUGAUGGCACAGCUGGGACAAAGGCUUGGAGAAGUCGGGGUGUCGAUCGGCUUUAUCCCGAAGCCGGGCGAAUCUGGUCGUCGCUGUCGUUGGCGGCUGGCAGCCUUCUGCCGUGGCACGGCCGGCCGACAGCCAGGGUGACUCGUGGGUGAAGCGACGUGCUCUCCGAGGUAGCCAGUCCACAAGCCUGACCCAUGGAUGCCUUCAUGGAAGAAAGCCGCAAGAGGAGCCAAGAGGAAAGUCGCCUCUUCACAAAGUGAAGACAAAAAUACACGAACUGCCUUCAGACUGGCCUUCUUUUGAGCCGGAAAGCGUUGCACUGCUUUGCAGUGAGCUCAAGUACAAGAAGAUUGCUUGGGAGGAAAAGCGACGCCCUGUCAAGCAUGCAUUGGGAAC